AUGCCAAAAGUGGAUGCCAUUUACAUCUUUUGUGGUAACAAGGAACGGCAUGAAGCAUGGGCGAAAGAUUGGCCAAAGAUUAGAGGUGUAUUCAACUCAAUCAAACCUAUUUGUGAAUCACUCAAAAAGGUCGUCCAUGAAUGCGAUCAUGAUUCAAUUCCGAUGAGCUUCAUGCCGAAGCGAUGCACGACAGAUGCAGCAUCGAACGUGCAAAAUCUUAACCAAUUACCGCCCACUUAUAUGUACUCGGUAAUUUUCAAGGAUAUAAUAUUAGAAAUCAAUGAUGAUGAUGCCAAAUCUAUUAAGGCUUUAGAAAUUUAUUGCAAAAAAAAAGAAAUUCCUGACACAGAAAUAAAUGACUUAAAACGUAAAUACCACCAGAAAUCACCAGUAUGGUGGUAUACAUGUGAAAUGUUUCUCUAUGGUAUGCUUAAUUGGGGGUUACGAUCGCUUGAUAUGGAAGCGAUGUCCAAAUUAGGCUUUUUUAUUCGAAGUUUACAUCUUCAACUGGAACAACUGCAUCAGGAACAAUCGGCUAAAUUUAAGAAAUCAUUUACCGUUUAUUGUGGUCAGGGAAUGAGCAAAGAAGAUUUUCAGAAUCUACUAGAUUCAAAAGGUGGUCUACUAUCGUUCAAUAAUUUCCUAUCAACAAGUAUGGACCCAAAAGUGGGCAUUGAAUUUGUUGAACGUACUAUGGAAAAGAACCAAGACAUUGUUGGCGUUAUUUUUAUUAUGACUAUUGAUCAAAGUAAAAUAUCAACUUCGAAUACUCCAUUUGCUAUGAUUGAUGAACACAGUGCUAUUCCGUCAGAACAAGAAAUACUCUUUACAAUGCACACUGUUUCUCGUGUCGUUGAAAUUAAACGGAAGCCUAACAAUAGUCGACUUUGGGAAGUACACUUGACUAUUACCGAUGAGAAUGAUCCACAACUUUCUACUCUUACCAAUAGCAUCAAACAGGAGAUUCGUGGUAGAGGAUGGCAUCGAAUGGGUCAAUCGAUGCUCACAGUGGGUGAUUUUGAUCAAGCUGAAGAGCUCUACAACGAAUUACUCGAGAAUGCCUCUACUGAUAGCGAUAGGGCACAUAUCUAUCACCAGCUUGGAUGGUUGAAACGCCAGCAAGGAAAAUACCCAGAAGCAGUUAAAUUCUACGAGAAAUCACUCGAAAUCUACCGGAAAACUCUUUCAGAAGAUGAUGCUUCAUUGGCUCCUACUUAUGGUAACAUCGGUCAAGUGUAUGACAGCAUGGGUGAAUACUCAAAAGCACUUGAAUUUUACGAAAAAUCACUCAAAAUCUAUGAAAUAUCUCUGCCUGCGAAUCAUCCCGAUUUGGCUACUUCCUACAACAACAUCGGUCUAGUGUAUGACAUCAUGGGUGAAUACUCUAAAGCACUUGAAUUUUACGAAAAAUCACUCAAAAUCUAUGAAAUAUCUCUGCCUGCGAAUCAUCCCGAUUUGGCUACUUCCUACAACAACAUCGCUACUACGUAUUACACCAUGGGUGAAUACUCGAAAGCACUUCCACUUCUAGAAAAAGCACUUGGUAUUUUACGAAAUUCACUCCCUCCAACGCAUCCACAUAUUAAAAGCACAAUGAAUAGUAUAGCAGCAGCGAAAAAGAAGUUGUAA